AUGAUGAUAUUUUCAUUUUUGGUAACGCUUUUCAUACUUGGUGCUCAGGUGUUGGGUGAAAACAUGAAAGAGUUAGUCGGUACAUGGUCGUCGAAAUCAAAUACCGUGUUUACAGGGCCAGGGUUUUAUGACCCGGUUUCAGAAUUAUUGAUUGAGCCAGAUUUACCAGGUAUUUCGUAUUCUUUUACUGAAGAUGGCCACUACGAAGAGGCUUUAUACAGAGUGACAUCGAAUCCUCAAAACCACUCUUGUCCUACUGCUACUUUGAUCUAUCAACACGGCACAUACACAAUAUUGACAAAUGGAUCGUUAAUUAUGACCCCUAUUGCGGUUGAUGGAAGACAAUUGUUGAGUGAUCCAUGUGGUCUGGAUACUGAAAGCGACACCUCGCUCUACUCGAGAUACGUGCAAAAGACCUGGUUCAAGAAGUUCCAGGUCUCGGUUGAUAGCUACAACGGAAGACGUAUGUUGCAAAUAUACCAAUUCGAUGGUUCUAAGAUGCAGCCAUUGUAUUUGGCUUACAAGCCUCCAUUGAUGUUACCUACUUCUGCCUUAAACCCAACUGACUCAGCUUCCGAAACUAAGUCGUCGUUAAGAAAGAGAAUUAAGAGAUCAUUAGAAAACCAAUACAGGUCAAAUGCUAGAAUUGAAACCUCGUCUGCCAAGUACGAGUUCUGGUGGUGGACUGCUAUUGCCGGUAUUGGCCUUGGCUCCGCCGUUAUUUUCUUACAUUAA